GCCCGCCCGCUCCUCCACAACUGCGCGUAGACAACCUUGCCUAGAAAUAGAUUCCCUUGCAUUUGCAUUGUGUCACUGCAGAGCCUCACGAUGAGUUGGAGAGAUUCGGGUGUCUCGAGCAUGCCAUACUACUCAGUGAGUGGUGGAGGACUUCCUCGCAGUGGCUAUUUCAGCAGUUUCACACCUGCUCCCACUCCUGCCCCACUUCAUUAUUCUUCUGGGAAAUAUGGUGGUGAAGACGCACAUGCAAAACAACUCAUGCAAAUUAUUUGCACCACCAAAACAAAUUUCAAACCACUGCCUGGGUAUGAAGGAACAUCUCAAGGUUUCGACCGUAUAGCACUUGGCUUGGACUGUGAUGAGGUCUACCCAAAUCUAUAUAUUGGUGAUGCGGGAGCUGCCCGAAACAAGGCUUACCUUCGCCGAAUUGGCAUAACUCAUGUUGUCAACACUGCUGAAGGAAAUCGAUUUGGAAUGGUCAACACAGAUGCAUUCUAUUAUCGUGACUCUGGUAUCCACUACAUGGGUCUACCUUUGCUAGACCUUCCCUCUACACACAUACGUGAAUACUUCUAUGCAGCAGCAGACUUCAUUGACGAUGCCAUUAAAAAUGGAGGAAAAGUCCUUGUACACUGCUUGAUGGGUAUGUCUCGAUCAAGUACCAUUGCAAUUGCCUACCUCAUGAUCAAAGCUGGGAUGCCAGCUGGUGUGGCCUUGCGCAUGUGUCGCCAAAGCCGUGACAUUCGUCCCAAUGAUGGAUUCCUGCAACAACUCUCAGACCUGGACAACCGCUUGCGUCGGGAUCGGGACAGGGCUCCAUUGUCGUCCUAUCCAUCUUACUCUUCUCGCUCUCAUCGCUAUUGAAGGGGAAUAACUGUUUAAAAGCUCUUUUCAGUAUGUUUGAUACUUGGUCUUCCUUCAUUGGUUCUUCUUCUUCCUUGAAGUCACUCAGCCACUGUAAAAAGUUGUAUUGCAUUUGAUCUGUCAUACAAUUACCCUAUUGAAAAGGUACAGUGUACAGUACAGUCUCAAUUUUGACUUUCCUGUUGAAUUCAUCUUUCUCAAUAGGUAAUAUGUACAUAUCCUAUUAGGAUGUUAUAAUCUAAAAUUUGUUCACAAGGCUUCAAAAUAUUUUCUUUUCCUUUAUUUUGUUUGACUUGUAACCUCUCUGUAAUUACUAACUUUUUUUUUGCAACUUUUUGUAGAUAGUUGAUCUAAGUUGUGUAGCUUAGUGGUUCCUUUCCUUACCCCCCCCCCCCUCUUUUUUUUGUUUAUAUUAACCUUUGUACUUGCUAGGCCUUGAUCCAUUUUUGUUCCCCUUUAUUUUAGUAAAAAAUAUUUUUCUUAUGUUUUAUGAACUCAAAAACAGUUUGAAAUCAAUCCACUGUGAUGAUAGCGAGUGCUUAUGAUAAGUACUUAAGAUUCAAUUUUCUAGUAAAAAUCAAUUUGAAAAGUAUGUAAAAAUAAUGAUUAAUUCUUUUCUAAUGUUUUACAGAUUUUAGUAGAAGUGUAUUAUUUAUUUGUGUCAACACUUCUAGUGUGACUGGUCAGUGACAGGGCAGUUAUUUUUCUGCAUUUUUGGAAGCAAGCUGGUUCUUUGUGAAUUGCUCCAUUUUCAUGCUUUGAGAUCUGAAUUUUUCUCUUUUCCUUCCCCCUUGCCUGCCAAACAAAUUUCUCACAGUAAGGCUAAUUUAAAAAUAUGAAACAGAAUCAAGAUUCUGUUUAUUUAUUUGGAUAUCUAUUAUACUGUACGUAAUGUGAGUAAUGAAUACGCUUCUUAGUGUUUGUUUAUUGAACCUAAUCUCCUUGUUGUUUAGCUCUUGGUUUCAUGUUAUCAUUGAUUCAAGUAUUAAGGAUACUUAACUACAGAAUUGCCUGUUUAUCAAGGACAAUCAUGUUACUUAUGUCUUAGUUUUUAUCAGUAUAGCUAGCUAUUAACUAGAAAGACAUUUUUUUUCUACCACCUUGACUCUAUCUUAAAUCUAGAAAGGACCUUAGAUCCAACAUUGCAAAGUUAAUUUUGUUAGCCAGCAUAAAGAUGUUUGUCUGUAAAGUCAGACAGUUUAGAUCACCAUUAGUUUCUAUCAUACUUUAUAAACUCAUAAACUUAAUAGCCACGGAUUUGACUCGAGACUUUGUGAUUUGAUAUAAGAGCAUAUUUAGUACCAACAGGAUGGUUCUAUUUUUGAGGAAUAGGCUGUGCUUUUCAACACAAGUACAAAUGACUUAAGCUAAUUAUGCCACACUUUUUAUGCUGCAUUUAUAUUGCAUCUUAAUUCACUUAUUUAUUUCUUGUUCAUUAGACAAAGUGCAAAUGCUAGUUUUGUUUCUAAAUGCUAAGUGGAAGAAUCACAUUAGUUUUCAAGGUUUCGUUUAAAGUAUUUGUUUAAGGAAUUACUGUGAUAUGUCACCAAAGAGAUCAGUUUGGUAUUCAUGUUAGUAAUGUUUGUUCCCUCAUCAAGACGCUUCAUUGGAAAAAGUGUCUAGUCAUUUCAUGUUCCAUUUGUCAUGUUUAUUUCUUUCAUUAUAGCUGUCCUAUUUUUAAAUGUAUGUACCUCUAGCUGUGGCUCACAAGGUUCUUGGCUUGCCUGGCCAGGGGGUAAAUAGAACUAAAAGUAGUGAUUUAGCCAAUAUAAGUAGAGCAAGUUUUCAUUGAAAGUGAGACAUUUUAUGGACUGGUUUGCUAUGUGGAAUAACAUUCCUGAAUGUGGAGGAUCUACUUCUUAGCAAUGGAGAUACAUUUUCUUAUCUCAUGUAUUUAUUGAUUCAUAAUAUUAUCAGAAUACGUAGCUUAGUUGAGUACUGUAGGAGCUCUGUAGGCUGCAAUUCUUCCAUCGUUCUCAGUGAUCCAAAAGUCUCUCAUGAUGUGCAUAUUCUUCUUGCGAGGUAAGUUUUGUACAUCUAAUAUGUAAGCUCUUCUAUUGCCUGUUUUCAAGUGACAUUGGCUGUGGUAAACACAAAGCAAUAUAAAAACUUUUAUGCUUUAGGAGAUUUUCACAAAUUCUAAAUUUGAAACAAAAGGAACAAUUAAAUUCAAAAAUGUAUUACAGUAUUUGCCAACCAAAUUUAAAAAUGUAGUGCAAAUGUGCAAUGCGAAUACAAUAUGUUUUGUUUUGAGAGUGAUAUGGAGAGAAAAAAAAGAGAAAAUUUAUACAAUUGUUUCUCCAACAGGGUCAAUUGCCAUUUCUUUUACAAGUGCACUUGUGAAGUGAUAGUUGUAUCCAAUUAACUAGGUGAAAUCAUGUAUACUAUUGGAUUGUCAGUAAUGCUCUUCCAUUUGACUGAAACAGUAAAUAAAUGUAGGUUCUUCCAGA